AGAAUGCACCACGCGGCCCAUUGACGAAGCACGGGCAACGUACACAAUGGUCGUUAACACGAUUACACUGGAGUUUCUCAUCUCCAUAAAGGUAUCUCUGGUUAUUCUUGCCCGCUUCACAACGGUGUCAAUACCAAAGAUGGUGGACGCCAUUCUUCUUUGAUUGAAGCAAGAAUGGGGCAAUUUUGGAAUAUAGCCGGUGACCUCACAAAGAGAUUCCACUGUUCUGGUGACAGGAAGAAGAUCUGGUUUUCUGAGAUAACGCUCACCCUGGAAUAACUUGUGUCUUGGCCAGAGACUGGCAAAACAGCACCUCUUGAAGCUUCCUGUGUGGUGCAGCGGUCUAAGACACUGCAUCUCAGUGCGAGAGGUCAACACUACAGACACCCUGGUUCUAUUCCAGGCUGUAUCACAACCGGCCGUGAAUGGGACUCCCAUAGGGUGGCGCACAAUUGGUCCAGUGUCGCCCGGGUUUGACCGGUGUAGGCCGUCAUUAUCAAUAACAAUUUGUUCUUAACUGACUUGCCUAGUUAAAUAAAGGUUAAAUAAAAAAUAAAGCUCCCAGUGUGAAGGGAGAUAUAGGAGACCUGUGAAUACACAGGAGAGAGACACCUCACAUUAGCGACAGCUCCGUUCAAUAACCAGUUGUUAUAGAUUUUUUUUAAACCAAGAAACAUUCUACCUCUGCUGAGACAAAAUGAGUUCAGAGAAGGAAAUGUUGAUGGAUGAAAUCGAAAAGAGUUUAUGGAAUUUAACUGAGAACAAUUUAUGUUACCUGUGUGAACGUUGUGGAAUAGAUGGCUCUGAAGUUAAAGGGAUGAAUCAUCGCUUAUUACGGCGUAAAGUCAUGGAGGAAAUGUGGGACAAUACGGAGUCAAUGAUAUCAGAGGAGCAGGGAAUGUCUUGGUUAGUCCAACUGAAAGACGACAUCAGGAGGAUACAGGAGGAGGGUAGCAGUGCACUCAUGAGUCCCAGCCAAUCCGAUGAUGUAGACUGUGACGAAGAAUGGAACGAAGAGGGAGGAGCUAGGUUGCCUAGCAACAGACUGGAGGCGAAAUCUGAUCUAGAGAGGCACACACCAGAGCAGAGGGAGAGUGGUGUGACUACUUCCCAGUCAGAAAGUGUUUUUCUCAAACCACACUUGUGCACUACAUGCGGUAAGGGAUUCCAUCAGGCCGGCUGUCUGAAGAGACACCUGAGAACUCAUACGGGGGAGAAACCGUUCGUCUGCCCUCGUUGUGGGAGGGCUUGGAGUGAUUCUGGAAACUUAAAGAGACACAUGAGAAAAACUCACCCAGGAGAAGAGAGAGUUAAGAGGCUCAACACACAGAGGAGUGACCCUACAGGAAAUAGGGAGGAAAUGAAUGAGGAUUCAAUUAAAUUGGAGGAGCAGGGAACAUCUUGGUCACUCCAGCUGAAAGAGGAGGAUGCUUGUGGUGCACCCGUGAGUCCCAGCCAGGCUCAUGCUGAUGAUGUAGACUGCAACGUUGAGGACAAGGAUUGGUUGCCUAGCAUCGGACUGAAGGCGGAGCCCGUUAGUCCCAUCCAAUCCGACGAUGACUCUGCAGACCGCAAAGAAGAAUGGAACGAAGCGGGAGGCGCUAGGUUGCCUAGCAAUGGACUGGAGGCGGAGUCAGCUCAAGAGAGCCACAGUUGCGACAAGCCUCUCUGGCCCUCCUCCACCCUCCCAGAGUCCCCGGGUCGUGCCUCUCCCGGUAGCACCUUAUUGUGCGGUCUGAAGAGGGUGUCUGUGCGGCUUGUCGACUGCAGGAAGACACCUGGGCAGAGUGGCCUUAAAAUACACAAGGCAACACAGACAGGAGAGAAAUCCCACAGCUCAUCUAAUGCUGAACAACACAAAACCCUCUCAGGAAACAGGCCUCGCUCCCAUAUCUGUGAUCACUGUGGGAAGAAUUUUACCACAGCAACCAAUCUGAAAAGACACUUGCUGUAUCUGUCUGGAGAGAAACCAUACAUGUGCUCUGAAUGCGGAAAGAGAUUCACACAGGCCGGCAGUCUUAAGACACACCAGAGAACUCAUACGGGGGAGAAACCGUUCAUCUGCCCUCGUUGUGGGAAGGCUUGGAGUGAUUAUGGAAACUUAAAGAGACACAUGAGAAGGCAUACUGUUAAACAACACACAGUGAAACCUCACCACUGCUCGGAUUGUGGGAAGCAAUUCAUUGUAAAAUCAAGCCUUAAACAUCACCGGCUAGUUUUUCACACAGAUCACCCUCACCGUUGUGGUCAAUGUAAGAAGAGUUUCAUAACUGCAGAAAGACUGGAAUCACACAUAAAAACACAACACCCACCAAGUGAUCCUCUGAAGAACCCACAUGUGUGCUCUGAAUGUGGAAAGGGCUUCCAUCAGGCCGGCUGUCUUAAGAGACACCUGAGAACUCAUACGGGGGAGAAACCGUUCGUUUGCCCUCGUUGUGGGAGGGCUUGGAGUGAUUCUGGAAACUUAAAGAGACACAUGAGAAAAACUCACCCAGGAGAAGACAUGGUUGUUAAGAGGCUUGACACUCAGAGGAGUGACCCUACAGGAAGUAGGGAGGAAAUUCAUGUGGAUUCAAUUAAAUCGGAGGAGCAGGGAAUGUCUCGGUCACUCCAGCUGAAAGAGGCCAUCAGAAGGAUACUGGUGGAUGCUAGCGGUGCACCAAUGAGUCCCAACCAAGCCGAUGAUUAUUCUGAAGACUGUGACGAGGGACAAACUAGGUUGCCUAGCAACAGACUGGAGGCGAAAUCUGAUCUAGAGAGGCACACACCAGAGCAGAGGGAGAGUGAUGUGACUACUUCCCAGUCAGAAAGUAUUUUUCUCAAACCACACUUGUGCACUAAAUGCGGUAAGGGAUUCAAAAAGGCCGGCUGUCUUAAGAGACACCUGAGAACUCAUACGGGGGAGAAACCGUUCGUCUGCCCUCGUUGUGGGAAGGCCUGGAGUGAUUCUGGAAACUUAAAGAGACACAUGAGAAAAACUCACCCAGGAGAAGAGAGAGUUAAGAUGCUCGACACACAGAGGAGUGACCCUACAGGAAAUAGGGAGGAAAUGAAUGUGGAUUCAAUUAAAUUGGAGGAGCAGGGAACAUCUUGGUCACUCCAGCUGAAAGAGGAGGAUGCUUGUGGUGCACCCGUGAGUCCCAGCCAGGCUCAUGCUGAUGAUGUAGACUGCAACGUUGAGGACAGGGAUUGGUUGCCUAGCAUCGGACUGAAGGCGGAGUCCAUGAGUCCCAGCCAAUCCGAUGAUGACGCUGCAGACCGCAAAGAAGAAUGGAACGAAGCGGGAGGCGCCCUUCGUUGUGGGAAGGCUUGGAAUUAUUAAAGAGACACAUGAAAAGAGCUCACCCACCACACCAUCGGCAUGUCCCUUACCCCUACCCACCACACCAUCGGCAUGUCCCUUACCCCUACCCACCACACCAUCGGCAUGUCCCUUACCCCUACCCACCACACCAUCGGCAUGUCCCUUACCCCUACCCACCACACCAUCGGCAUGUCCCUUACCCCUACCCACCACACCAUCGGCAUGUCCCUUACCCCUACCCACCACACCAUCGGCAUGUCCCUUACCCCUACCCACCACACCAUCGGCAUGUCCCUUACCCCUACCCACCACACCAUCGGCAUGUCCCUUACCCCUACCCACCACACCAUCGGCAUGUCCCUUACCCCUACCCACCACACCAUCGGCAUGUCCCUUACCCCUACCCACCACACCAUCGGCAUGUCCCUUACCCCUACCCACCACACCAUCGGCAUGUCCCUUACCCCUACCCACCACACCAUCGGCAUGUCCCUUACCCCUACCCACCACACCAUCGGCAUGUCCCUUACCCCUACCCACCACACAAUCGGCAUGUCCCUUACCCCUACCCAUAUCAGACACCAUCGGCAUGUCCCUUACCCCUACCCACCACACCAUCGGCAUGUCCCUUACCCCUACCCACCACACAAUCGGCAUGUCCCUUAUCCCUACCCACAUCAGACACCAUUGUAACUUGGUUUACACCUGUCCAAUCCCUUAUAGAUGUGUUUACUACUUCAAGGAGACAAGAUGUGAAGGAUUAGUUUUUUUAAAGGGGGGUAUAUUUGAUGUUGUAAUUGUUUUUAAUGGAGACAAGUUAGAAGUAGCGGGGGAGACAGAUGAGCAGGGAAGACAGUGAAGAGUAGAUGCAGGGAUUGAACUUUGGUCUCCAGUGGGGAGGCUGAGGCAUACAUAGAGCAUCCAGCUGUGUUACCACAAGACUACAGGCUAUGUACAGAAGGAAGCAUUUCUAAAGUAUUGGAAUACUGCCCUAGAGUCAGCCUGUCCCAAAUAUCACCUUAUGCCCUAUAUUGUGCACUACUUUUGACCCCUACCCAAUGGGGUGCCAUUUGGGAUUCAGGACGUCCCAAACCCCUACCUACCACGUGCCCUUGCUCGGCCCUCACUAGGGCUGUUGCGGUCAUGACAUUUUGUCAGCAGGUGAUUGCCAAGCAAAUAACUGCCAAGCAAGUAACUGCCAAUUAAAUAACUGCCGGUCUCAUGGCAAUUGACCGUUUAAUUAUCAUAAACGUGUUUAGAAUCUCCUGGCUUCCACGCUUAACCUACAAGCCACUGAUGCAGACCUUUGGGCUCCCUAGUGGCGCAGCGGUCUAAGGCACUGCAUUUCAGUGCUAUAGGCAUCACUACAAACCCUGGUUCGAUUCCAGGCUGUAUCACAACUGGCCUUGAUUGGGAGUCCCAUAGGGCGGCGCACAAUUGGCCCAGCGUCGUCCGGGUUAGGGUUUGGCCGGGGUAGGCCGUCAUUGUAAAUAAGAAUUUGUUCUUAACUGACUUGCCUAGUUAAAUAAAAAAUACAUUUAAAAAAGUAUAAACAUUGAAUUUAAUAUAUCACAAUUGAACAUAGCUUAAUAAAAUAGAAAGGAUAUUUUCCCCAAACAAUUUCAAAGGAAGUGCACACUAUUCUGUGUUGAGCGGUUAACAAAGAAACUGGUCUACCUUUAUGCUUCGUUCAGAGUUAUUUAUUCGACUUUCGUUGUGAUACGAACGUUGAGAUAUGUUCUUAUUCUUAAUAUAUUAUAAGGCUGCAUGAUGGGACUCUGAUGAUUUGAAAAAAGUCACAAGCUGAACACACUUCAUCAGUCUCUCAUUCACAAUUUGACAAGCACUUGACAAUAUUCUCACCAGGCCUCGAAUUUCCCGGUGGCAUCCCCCUUGUGUGGCUGUAAUGCCCCAUAAAAAAAGUCUGUGCCUUUUGCGGCCAAUGUGAGUGUUAUAAUAAUUAUAAUUACUCUCGCUCACAUGGCUCCUUCAGAUGUAGUCAAUGCCCGUCACGUGAUCGGGUCCAUCUCAAAGUCAUUUCAGCUAAGAAGUAGGCUAAAAGUGAAUGAAGACAGACACAUCGGGGGCGUAACUGUGCGCGUCCAAUUCCGAGGCGCAUAUUGAUAAUGUUAGAACUGUCCACAUUUUACUUUUCGUCAGCCAAUCAGAUGAGUCGGUCUAACCAACACCAACAGCACUAGCUUAUGCCAAUGUACUAUCCCCCCAUAGUGCAAAAGUUGACCUAUGCUAUUGGUCAACUGUUCUUCUUCUGUGCAAGAAAUAAAUAUGCCAAACAUACUCUAGGACAGUAUGUGGGAUGCGAUAGAUGCCAAAUGAAUACAGCAACUCUCAUCCCCAAUUUUUUUUUUUUAAAGCUAUCUGGCUGGUGCAACAGAUCAGAACGUUUAGCUUAAACUGUUGAUACACUAUUAGGCUAUUUCUUCAUAUUAGAACUGUAUCAAUGCAAUCAAUUAGCAGGAAAACACUGUUCCUGAAAGUGAAGGCAAAUGCGAUUUGUGCAUUUAAUGGUUUAUUAUAAAGGUGUAUAUUUAUGGUGAAAAUGAUCUUCCCCAAACUUGAAACUCACGCACAGCCAGUUAGGCUCUACACCGGUUAUAAUGCGGAUUAAUGGUUAUUAUUUUUUAUUUAACGGGACAAGUCAGUUAAGAACACAUUUUUAUUUUCAAUGACGGCCUAGGAACAGUGGGUUAACUGUCUUGUUCAGGGGCAGAAUGACAGAUUUUUACCUUGUCAGCUCGGGGAUUUGAUCUUGCAACCUUUCGGUUACUGGCCCAACGCUCUAACCACUAGGCUACCUGCGCUUCCUGUGCUUCAUUUUAAGGAGUUAUUUGGUGACUUUAGUUGUGAUAAAAACCUUAUCAAAACAUGUAGGCCUAUGUGCUUGGCUACAUACGGUGUGCGCAAAAAAACACAAGUUAUUCCUUGCAUUACUGCACAAGCUGGGCAUCAUUCACAAGUGAUAAUAUAUAAUCCACAAGUGAUAGGGUAAUAUUGUCACCCAUCAGACUAUUCUUAAUAUAAUGUUGUCUUUACAUAUAGUAAAUAAUAUAUGUGUGAAAUUAGUUUUGAUUUAGAAUGGACAAUUAUCAUGCACCUGUAUCGAAACGGGUGUGGGGGAAAAAUGUGUCAACUAUGCACUUAAAUAGCGAAAUGGAGGACGCUUUUCCUGUGGUUCAUUUUCAUGCCAGCCAGGUAGGCUAUACUCCUGUUGUAAAGGAAAGCAAUGUGCUUAAUAUUAGGGAAGUUUAUAAAUAUAAUAGGCCUAGCCUAUAGAAAGCUGAUGGGAUCCUCCUCUUUUUAAUAGUCCAUCAAAACGGUUUUCUCACGCAAUUACAUGGCCUAUAGAAAUGUUGACCAACAUGAGCUCAUGGACUGAAGUGUUUUGGUUAGAUUUUGCAUUACACUUGCAUUGAUGUCAGAGUGAUUUAAAGGGACAAUACAGUGCUGAGUACCAGGCAGUUAGCAAGUUUGGUAGGCUACUAAUGACAAUCAGUAGCAUCAGAGAAGCCUAAUUACCGUGACUAAACGGUCUCGUGGAAUUUGACUGCCAUCAUGGCUUGUGACCGCCGAUCUGGUGGUAAUACCGUCACCUUGACAACCCCUCCAUGUUGGCAGAUCUAGGGACAAGAUGACUGAGUUUACCAAAGACAAACGGCUGAAUGUAGAACUCUAUACAGCUGACUUUCUAUCAUUGGACCAUUGGAGAAGGGCCCAAUCCCAAAUUGACAUCUAGACCCUAUGCACUUGUGGAGAUGUAAGAUAAUCUAAUUGGUUGUAAGCAAUAUGGUAUUACUUCCACCUAGCCUAUCAUUGAGUGGUAGAGCUAUUACCAUAUUGCGUACACUUGACAAAACCUCUCCGAUCUCCACAUGUGCAUAUGGCAUAGGGUCUAGGGGGCAUUUAGGAUUGGGUCCAUGUGUCUUGAUCUCUGGUUUUAAAAGACUUGUCUUACCACCAUGACUAGUUCAUAAUAAAUUCAAAAUGCCA